GUGAAUGACAUCUUUGGAAAGAAUUUCUGCCGGUGGGAUUACCUAAAUAAUUUGCUGAAUAAUCAGUGCUCUAUUACUCGUGGUAGCUUUAAGGUAGUCCGGGAGAUUAUUCUAGAUUUUUUUGAGCGUGUUUUACAAGAACAACGUGCUAAAAUGUCAAAGGUUCCUGUGAAAAUUGGUAUUAUUGGAGGAUCCGGGUUGGAUGAUCCAGAUUUGUUGGAGAAUCGCGUGGAGAAAUUCAUGACAACGCCUUUUGGCUCACCUUCGGAUGCUCUGAUUGAGGGCAAAAUUCGGGGGGUGGAUUGCGUCCUGUUGGCUCGUCAUGGAAGGAAACACAAUAUCAAUCCCACCAAUGUUAACUACAGAGCAAAUGUCUGGGCUAUGAAGAUGUUGGGAUGUACUCAUCUGGUUGUGACAUCGGCCACGGGAUCCUUGAGAGAGGAAGUUAAGCGUGGAGACAUUGUCAUCCUGGAUGGAUUUAUCGAUAGGACAACAAAACGUGAAACGACAUUUUAUGAUGGGAAAGAAGGGCAUCCCGAACGUGUUUGUCAUGUGCCCAUGCAUCCAGCUUUCUGCGAGCGUACCCGUCAAGUACUCAUUGAGACAGCAAAAGCUCUGGGAGUGUCUGUCCAUGAGAGAGGAACAGUCGUGACCAUUGAGGGCCCAAGAUUCUCAAGCAGGGCCGAAAGUGAAAUGUUCAGAUCCUGGGGAGGAACUUUGGUGGGCAUGACUCAAGUUCCGGAGGUUUGUCUGGCCAAGGAGGCAGGUCUUUUGUAUGCUACAGUUGCCAUGGUGACAGAUUACGAUUGCUGGAAGGAUAGUGAGUGCGUGUCAACUGGAGAAGUCUUGAAAACCUUCCAGGAGAACGUUUGGAAGGUGAAAAACCUCCUCAUUGAUGCUGUGGCCAAGAUUGCUGAACAAGAUUGGACGGAGACUGUGCAAGCAGCACGAGAACUUGUCAAAUCCAACAUGAUGUAGAGUAGAGGGGCUUAGUCAGGAAGCUGAGAGUCAUUGGAUUGCCCUAUCAGCAGAAAAAAUGAUAAGAUUGUUCAAUGAGGCAAUAAAGUGCCACUACUUGUAUUCUACAAUCUAUAUUUUUGUUUAUUUUUUUUUCUUUCAAAGAAAAAUUUUCCCAUAGUAAUUUUAAGCUAUAUUUUUGUGAAAUAAUUAAAUAAAAUACAAAAUGCAGAAAA